GCAUUUCAGUUGGCAAACGAAACGAAAAGCGAACGGAUAUCGGCAAACCGAACCGAACCGAUACGAAAUAAAAGCCUGGCCCAUUGGCCCAUUCCAAUACCCAUAUCAUUCAUUGUUAGCCUGGCUGUUAGUUAUUCAUAGUGAACCCCACAAUAUCGCGAAAAAAAGCGGCGCAAAAGUUAAUUGGCGCAUGUUACGGGCCAAUUCAGUUGUCCAACGAUCGUCCGUCGCGUACUACAAAAGCGCACUCAACCCGAUCCGAAUCGCUUCGAACUCGGGGGCGUGAGAAUCAAACAACAGCAGUGUUCGACAACAGUGUCUACAGAAUGUAUCCACCAGCGGCCAGAAUCAAGAAUUUUCCGUCCCUCAAGACGGCCGUUCUAUGGGCCGGUGUUCUCGGUGUGGUGCAGUCCAUCAUUUGGAUUGGCUUGACCAUUACAGCAAUAUGCGCCUACAAUUGUGUGCUCUAUAUAACCGAUGAGCUCAGCUUUGGCACCCUGAUCAAGACUGUCUUCUUCGACUUGUACUUCAAGGGCAGUUGUAAAAUGAGUCCCGCAGACUAUCAGAACUACGAUUAUGGCAUACUGAAGACGGUCUCAACGGUGUUCGAUCCAUCGCAGGUAUUAAUUUGGGACUGCUUCUACCUGGGCCUUUCCGUGGUCUGGCUCAUCGUUUCCAUUGUUCUCUUGAUGUGUGUUCGCAAAGAUAAUCCCAAGCUAUCCCUGAUCGCCAUCGCUCACUGGGCCUUCUUUGUGGGCGUCAUUUGCUGCAUGGAUGUGGCCUCAGGCGUGAUCUUUGGCAUUGACUAUGGACGCUUCCAGGCAGCAGCGCUGACCUACAAUGCCAACACCAUCAACUCUGAUCCUGUACUGCCCAUGGCAUCCACUUUGAUGGCCGGCGGUGUGGCUGCCAUUUCGAUGAUGAUCAUUUCCUUCAAGGGCUUCAUUCUGUGGCUCAUCAACGUUGGACUGCUCUUUUAUCUGUCCAUGCGAGCCACGCGCAUUGCCACCGAUAAGGAUAGUGUGGAUACUUUGUUCAAUCCCCGCAAGGAUUCCAAUGAUAUCCUAUCCAACCGGCCACCCAUUCGUGCCUACGAAGAAGAAAAAGUAGAAUUUCAGGCAUACAACAAUGCCGCUUACAUGGCGGAUAAUAGAUCGUCGGCCGAGACCAUUGAGGUGAACGAGCAGGCAAUUGUGCGAGCGGCUCACAUGUCGCUGGACUCAAAUCUGAUGGAUCGUCGAUUCCGCGACAUCAAUGCCUUCCAGCAGUAUCCAGCACCAAAUCCACAUGACAAUCGUCCUCUGCGGUCGCCCAUGCAGGAGACAGUGGUUGUGGCCACAUCCGGCUUCCCCAUGCCCGACUACACCCCACAGCCGAGUCCGAGCGGCAUUCUGCGUCAUCCCCAGUAUUAAGUGGAGGCGGAGGAGCCAAGCAAACCAAAGUACCCAAAAGCUAUCUUGCAUAAUAUAAUUCUCAAAUAAUACCCCCCCAAAAGCCGCCCCGAGUAUGAGUACGAGUACGAGUGGCCGCAAAUGAAAUAGGAAAUCAACUAAAGUUUAGUUCAAAUGUUUAUCAGUAUGUUUUGUGCAUGUUAUUUAUAUUUAUUUGCAUGUUAAUAUAACAAUAUAUAAGUGUAUGCAGUUGUAAAUAUAUAUAAUAU